UUGUUCACGUCUUCUCGUCGCUGGAUGCAUGUACGAUGUUUCCUGAAUUGAAUUGAUUUUAUUCUUUAAUUCACUUACAAAUCCGGUCGUCCGCGAUAUGCUGUCGCUUAAUACGACACAAAUUAGUACAUCAUGGUAGUUAGACAGUGUGCAACUGAAGACGGUAGUGAGUCGUGUUGUAAUUAAUUGUUACCAUUAGGUGAAGGUGGAAGGUUCUGAGUGAAUAGCUCGAAUGUUUCUGGUGAUAUUAGUAAAGUAACUUGUUUGGAUUACUUCGGAUGAAUAAUGGUGUCUAUUAUUAAAAAUCAAUUGCUGAAACACCUUUCAAGGUACACCAAGAAUUUAUCACCGGACAAGGUAAAUUUAAGUGCGUUCCGGGGAGAAGGUGAACUCUCGAAUUUGCAACUGGACGAGAACGUACUUACCGAGCUGCUGGAACUGCCGGCUUGGCUUCGGCUAACGUCCGCCUGGUGCAAUCAAGUGUCAUUUCGAAUAUCGUGGACAAAGCUGAAAAGUACUCCCAUCACGCUGACACUCGACGAGGUUCGAAUAACGAUUGAAACAUGUGAAAUAGCACGGAGUGGUACACCAACGGCCGGCUUUUCAAGUUUAUCGGUGCCCCAGGGCAAGUACAGUUUCAUACACAAAGUUAUCGAUGGCAUCACGAUCGUGGUCAACACGGUUAAUGUGGAACUGAACAGUCCUGCCUUCACAGCAUCGGUGCAACUGUCCAGAAUAAGGGUCGAAUCACGCACGCCAAAAUGGCAAUCAGGCGAACUACCGUAUACAAGAAUUAAGGACUCCAAACGAGGACAGAUACUGAUAUUCAAGGAGCUGUCCUGGCAAACAGUUCGCAUUGAAGCUAGUUCUACCCAAGAUACAAGUCUGACUCCAUUACGGUUGCUUACAAAUCAAGCUCGUUGUAGAAUAACGAUUAAGAAAAAACUGUCCGAUUGUAGUAUAAUAGCUAGUAGAUUGGUAUUAAUAUUAGACGAUCUGCUGUGGGUUUUGACUGAUUCGCAACUCAAAGCAGCUCUCCAUUUCGUUGACUCCCUCUCGGGAUUGAUCAAAGCAUCCACGAACGUAGUCCAACGAGCGACAGCCCAAAAGAAACUAGAAACCCUUCCCGAGUAUCAAGCUCAGCUUGCACAAUCAUCGAGGGUUCAACAGGACACGCAGCAGUUAACAGCAGCACAGCGUUCGUUCGAAUGCUACAACGUACGAGAGACAUCGUACCAUUUCUUCAGUCAACGAAUUGAUUUGCAUCUUUGUGACGACGCCGGUGUCGGUCGAUCCAGCCAUCCCGACUUGAAGGAUGGCGGUGCCUUGCAGAUAUCAGUACAAGGAUUCCAAAUUGAUUACUAUCCAUAUCAUUUGGCAAAGGCAGAUCGUUCACAUUGGCCGAAAUAUAAAGAGGCGACUGUACCACCGGCUUUAUGGCUUGAGCAGUCUUUGAAUGCCUUCCGGGAGUCCAUUUUGAAUCUAUGUCAACCGAAUCGACCACCAAAUCAUCCUAGUCUAGAAAGAACUACCAACCAUGGUCAAUAUCCUCCUCCACCACCACCGCGAAACACCGGUUUGAGUGGGAACCAAACCCCAAACACACCGGGAUACCAAUCUGCUGCGUCGUCUCCAAUGAAGAAACAUGUACUGGACAAUCUGGCCAAGUUGAUGUGUGUAUGCGUGAUAAUGAAAGUGGAAGAGUUUACUCUUUAUCGUGUUACAACUUCCGGCAACAAGCAAAUGCCAAAGGAGUUUGUUUCGGCACUAAGCAAAAGGAGAAAAGGUGAUCGAGAUCGUUGGUCGUUACCUCCUGAAUUGCCGACGUUGCAUGCAGAGUUUACCUACUUUUACUAUCCAGGAGAUUUUGUUUUUCCAUUGCCUCCAUCCAAAGCUUUCGUCCAUAUUAAUCCGGUGCAGGUCAAUUUCGAUCUGGACAGUUGCUUGUGGCUUUGUUCGUUUGUGCUCAACCUCCACGAGAGUCUGUUGAAGACGAACAAUGUGACCGGAAGUCUGAACUCACCCUCAUCCUCGUCAUCCGGUGGUCAACCGGAACAUCAACCUAAUCUAUUGUACAUGGAUGUAAAAGUAGAAGUCAUCAUGCCCAGAAUUGUGUUCGAAGCACCGACCAAUGCGCCUCAACAACGGGACCGACCGAAGGCAAUGAGUAUUCAGGUUUCACGAUUCGCCAUGACAAAUAUUCGCGAGAUGGGUGCCUCACGUGCGGAUUUAGCGCAAGCAAUUUCAUCGUUGCAGGAAGGCAGUUUAGUGUUCGGUUCCGGGUUUCCAUCCAAACCCGGAGAUUUGUGUAUUGUCACCGAUAGAAUAUUGUCACAUAUUGCGGCAUCUGAUGUCAUGAAUGCUCAGCCUAGUUCACCAGAAAUGCAAUCAGCUUUCAGCAAUUUAACACGCUACGCCAUGUGGGCUGAGCCUCGCGAUGUGUGGUGUAUGAAAUUAGAUCCUAUUUGGGUGGAGUUCUAUGGAGCAAAAUCAGUGGGACCAAAUCGUGCGAUUUCGUUCGUUGAUGCUGUACCUGUUACGAUUUGGUUGCACGGUAGCUCCGACUAUGAUAUCCUGCCGAAUCAGUUAAAUAGUGAACAAUUUUGCAAUGAAUUCGUACACAACAAAAAACGAUACAGCAAUAUUUCAAACUCUACUAAAUCGAGUGAUAGUUUGAUUCUGACACCCGCCAAACUGAAGCAAACUCUAGAUGAGAAUGUUAUUGGCCCUAUAGAGCCGCAAAUGGCAUAUGAAGGUGAACCUUACUUUCAGUUCGCGGAUUGCCUUCCAUCAACCAUAGGUGACAACGUGAAAAAAAAAGUUGACGAAGUGAAAAAUGUCCACACCUCCGUAGAUAGUGAUGCAGAUAAAGCCAAAUCGGCGGAUCUGCACGUGAUAGCACAUGUAUCAAAUUUAGUUAGCGUCCAAAUUGAUCACUACCAGUAUCUGUUUUUAUUGCGCCUGGCAGAGGAGCUGACGGAGUUGGCAACGUUCCUAUCGCUAGAUUCGAAGCGUAUUCUUCAAGAGGCAAAUGUAGAAAGAUCAAUAAUCGUUGGCUGUGUCAUACCGCAAGUUGAAGUUUCACUUGUGAUGCCUUCCCAAACACCCGGCAAGGAAUCGAGCGGGGGCGACGGGGAAAGUGUGCUUCCCGAUUCGGCCAGUUUAGGUGACGAUCUACUUACUAAUGGUUCUUGCUGGCCUAACUCGAUGGAUCAAACUAGGAAUUCCAAUAUAUUCAGCAGUACGGAGUGUCCAUCGCCGGUUCCUGUUGAGGUACCGGUGGAAUUUGAGCACCAUCCCGUGCCCAACACUCACGGUCACAACGUUCAGAUUAAAAGUGUUCCUCAAACAUCACCCUCAGUCGGUGUUAUAACUGUUGAAACACCUACUUCGUCGUCGAUUGCGAUAUCGAAACCCCAACCGCAGCAACCGCAUCAACCGAAACCACGAAACUCGACAACCGAUUCGUCUUCCUUCUCGAAGGAAAUAAAUUCCGGGCUGAGUUCGAUGAGGAAAGGAUUUUCCCAAUUCAUGACAUCACUAGAUUCAGCUCUGAAAACAAAUGACGACGUUAGCGAUACCUUGUCUGUUCAAUCGGACCUGAGUUCCGACUCAGAGAAUUAUAUCACGAUGCUGAGUGAGACCGAGAAAACGGCCGAUUGUAUGGAUGUAAUGUUCAAGCUGAACCCUUUCAGUAAUGAUAACAGUGUGAAGGUAGCACCUAUCGAAGUCGCUAGCGAGGUUUGCGAAGAUCCCUAUCUUACCAACAUGUCAUCACCGUCCGAACCAUCCGAGGCCAGCAGCUUACGUAGACGUGAUUUGGUGUCAAUGGUUACUUUUCGACUAACAACAGUAGAAGUAAUUCGUCAAAAUAUUGGCAACAAUUCAUCAAUUAGACUUCAAGUUUCAGCCGUCAGUUGUGAUGAAUGCGGAGCAAUCCCCUGGGAUGAAUUUCAGAAUGGCCAGCAGAAGUUAAAGACCAAGUUUGGUGCUAGAUGUAGAGCUUGGAACGUUGCACCACACAACCCGGAAGCACCUCCUUGUGUUGCAAUUAGAUUAGAGGAAGAGCUCGCGCUACCCGUCGAUUCACUUAGUAUUACCGACAAAAAAAUCAUCCAAAGCUGGUUCAAACGAAAACUGAACGUGGAGGUAAAAAACAUCAACCUGCAACUAUCGAUGAGUUCCGUUAUCGGCCUAGGUGACCUAGCAGAAGAUGAGGUUAUCCCGACGCCUAUCCCGAUGGAGGUGAUAUUGGAAAACGUCAAAAUCAAUCUCAUUGAAGAUCGCCCUCCGGUAAACAUUACCUCACCUGGCACCUUGCCGAUGAAUCUAUCCAUAGGACGCAUGUUUAUUAUGCGAGAUGAUGCUGGAGUAUUUUAUCUGCAACCGAUAGAGAAAAAUAAGGAAAAAUCGACGGGAACGCGAAUUAAGGCGGUUAGGUUGAAAAGCGAGCGAGAUUUGGAGAUGAUCUCGUUGCAGUUGGUCAUGCAGCAGCUCAAAUUGGAUAACGAAAAUAUGCGAAAACAACUGACCAGCAAUAAAACUAAAGCCAAACAAGAGAACGACGAACUGCGUUCCAAUCUCAAGGAUGCUCAGGACGAAGUGAAUCUUUUGAAGGACGAGAAAAAAACCUUGAUGGAUACCAUUCGAUCACUGCAGAAUCAACUGAUAGCGAUGAAUGACAUGCAGUUGAAUGCUACCGAUGGUAAAAGAUAGCACACCUGCAUGGAUUGUAUACAGUGCUGUGGUGAGAACCCCUACUAGUGACAGUCCAGCAAAGGUUGCGCGUUAAGAGUUUAUUGGCAUGUCGUAUACUUCCGAAUCGUUUUGUAUGAUGUCUUCGUUCGUAUUCUGCCAUCUCAGUUCUUUUUCCGGUUACUAUUUAAACAAGUUCGCUGUGGAUGUUCAUGGUGAUAAAACGUUCAAUGUGUGAUUAAAUUUCCGAUUGUAUAACCUACCUUCUGAGAGCAAAGACACACACU